UGGUGUUGAACUGAGAAAUGCGACUUGUUUGAGCAGAAAUGGAGUUGAGCAGAAAUCCAGAAAGAUAAGAUAGAUAACAUCUUUUACUACUUUCCAACUCCUAUGAUUCUUGGGUAAUGGCGCUUUCUUCCCCUCCAAUUCCGCCAUUUGCUUCUUCAAAAUCCCUGCUAAGUUCCAAAUCAUUCAAUCCGCUGCUUGUGCUGUCCCACUCUUUCAGGCCAUCAACAUAUUUUGUGCAUGCAAAAUGUAGGCGGAGUGUGGCAGCCGCCGUCACUCUUGAUUCCGGCAAUGGCUCUGUCACGGUGGAAGACGUAGACGAUCAAUCUGCCGCCGCCAAUGCCAAUUCCUAUGGCAGACAGUUCUUUCCUUUGGCCGCCGUCGUUGGCCAGGACGCCAUCAAGACUGCUCUUCUACUUGGGGCUACAGACCGUGAGGUUGGGGGAAUAGCAAUAUCUGGAAAGCGGGGAACUGCAAAAACUGUAAUGGCACGUGGCUUGCAUGCAAUUCUUCCUCCUAUUGAGGUAGUUGUGGGAUCAUUUGCAAAUGCUGACCCAGCAUGCCCAGAAGAGUGGGAAGAUGGGCUUUCAGAUAAGUUAGAGUACGAUUCUUCUGGUAAUAUAAAGACCCAGAUUAUCAAGUCACCUUUUGUCCAGAUUCCACUUGGUGUUACGGAAGAUAGACUGAUAGGAUCUGUUGAUGUUGAGGAGUCUGUGAAAUCUGGAACAACAGUUUUCCAGCCGGGACUUCUUGCAGAGGCUCAUAGGGGAGUAUUGUAUGUUGAUGAGAUAAACCUUUUGGAUGAAGGAAUUAGCAAUUUGCUUCUUAAUGUAUUGACAGAGGGGGUCAAUAUUGUAGAGAGGGAAGGUAUCAGCUUUAGACACCCUUGCAAACCACUUCUGAUUGCUACUUAUAAUCCUGAAGAGGGGGCUGUCCGGGAACAUCUAUUGGAUCGAAUUGCGAUAAAUUUGAGUGCAGAUCUUCCUAUGAGUUUUGAAGACCGUGUUGCUGCUGUUGAAAUUGCGACACAGUUUCAAAACCAAAGUGGUGAAGUUAUUAAAAUGGUUGAGGAAGAGAUGGACUUGGCAAAGACGCAGAUAAUUUUGGCACGGGAGUAUUUGAAGGAUGUGAGCAUAAGCAGAGAUCAAGUAAAAUACUUGGUCAUGGAAGCCCUCCGAGGUGGUUGCCAGGGGCACAGAGCUGAGUUAUAUGCUGCACGAGUCGCCAGGUGUCUAGCUGCUCUUGAGGGCCGAGAGAAAGUCAAUGUGGAUGACCUGAAAAAAGCUGUAGAAUUGGUUAUCCUUCCACGCUCCAGCAUUAAUGAGACUCCACCCGAUCAGCAAAACCAGCAACCCCCUCCACCUCCUCCGCCACAAAAUCAGGAUGCUGGAGAAGAACAAAAUGAAGAGGAAGAUAAAGAUGAGGAAGAUAAUGAUGAGGAGAAAGAUGAAGAGAAUGAGCAAGAACAGGACCAAAUACCUGAAGAGUUCAUCUUUGAUGCUGAAGGAGGUUUAGUGGAUGAGAAACUUCUAUUCUUUGCACAACAGGCACAGAGACGAAAAGGGAAAGCUGGGAGAGCGAAGAAUGUUAUCUUUUCUGAGGAUCGAGGGCGAUAUAUUAAGCCAAUGCUUCCAAAGGGUCCUGUAAAGAGGUUGGCUGUUGAUGCAACACUUAGAGCAGCUGCACCUUAUCAAAAGUUGCGACGGGAGAAGGAUAUCCAGAAGACUAGGAAAGUUUUUGUAGAGAAAUCAGACAUGCGUGCUAAAAGAAUGGCUCGAAAAGCAGGAGCCCUGGUCAUAUUUGUUGUUGAUGCAAGUGGAAGUAUGGCACUAAACAGAAUGCAAAAUGCCAAAGGUGCAGCACUUAAACUACUAGCCGAGAGUUAUACAAGCAGAGAUCAGGUCUCUAUCAUACCGUUCCGUGGAGAUGCAGCAGAAGUUCUACUGCCUCCUUCCAGGUCAAUUUCCAUGGCAAGGAAACGUCUAGAGAGACUUCCAUGUGGUGGGGGCUCCCCUCUUGCUCAUGGUCUUACCACGGCUGUUAGAGUUGGGAUGAACGCAGAGAAGAGUGGUGAUGUUGGGCGCAUAAUGAUUGUUGCGAUAACAGAUGGAAGAGCCAACAUAUCACUAAAAAGAUCUACUGAUCUAGAAGCUGCUGCUGAUCUGCCUAAACCCACUGCUCAAGAAUUGAAGGAUGAGAUUCUUGAGGUUGCAGGGAAAAUAUUCAAAGCAGGGAUGUCUCUUCUAGUUAUUGACACAGAGAAUAAGUUUGUUUCGACUGGUUUCGCCAAAGAGAUCGCCCGAGUGGCUCAAGGAAAAUACUACUACCUCCCUAAUGCUUCAGAUGCUGUAAUCUCAGCAACUACAAAGGAUGCUUUGUCAGCUUUGAAAAACUCCUAAAUACAAUAAACAAAAGCAUCAGACAAUGUUGCUUAGCAUAUAUGGAAUAUGGCGAGCAGUUUGUUCAAUUUUGCCCUUUCUGAUGUUAUUUGUAUGUAGAGAAAUGUAAUAAGUACAAGCAAAAACUUGUACUUUAUCUUCUCAGAAAAAAAAAACCUCGUACUUUAUUUUUUAAUGUUGACAGUAGAAUCUAUUCUUUGUUACCAUGUGAAAUGACUUAAAUCCAGCUGUUGGAGAAAAUUUAUAAGUUUUUCUUUAUUUAAUUUUCAUUUUAGGGGGCAUUUACUAUUCUUGAAUAACCUAUAUCUAUACUAACAUAAAAAUUGUCUUGGGCACAAAAUAUAAAAUUAUCUAUUAUAUCCUUAUUACAUGUUUUAUUUUAAGGAUAAUUGUGUUAAUGAAAUACUCCAUCCGUCCCAAUAAUGAAGACACACUUCAUUUGGGCACGGAGAUUAAGGUAAGGUAAAUUAGAGAAUUAAAGUAUUGUAGUGUGUUUAAUUAAACUUAUUUAAUUCUUAUCUAAUUAAAUCAAUGCUUUACAAAAGUGGACAAAAGACAAUUAAUUCCACCGCCAUCCAUUCUAAUCUGCCGCCCAGCUGCAACCAUUCUUCCACCACCAUCUCCGACACCGCUGCCAUCCUCUCUGCCACCGCCGAGACAACCCCAGCAACACAAGUACCCCUUCCCUCUCUCUCCCGCCCACCUUUCCUCCAAGAACCACCACUCUUCCACCGCCAUCUCCGGCCCUGCCGCGACCCUCUCUGCCACCGCAGAGACAACCCCAGUAGCACAAGUACCCUUCCCUCUCUCCCCCACCCACCUUUCCUCAAAGAACCACCACCACGACCACCCAUAUUUCAAAGCUAGAAUCUCAAUUUCUCCAUUUGCUCUCCCCAAUUUUUGCCUAGAGAUUCUGCAACGUUACGCGGGUGUUGGCAGAAAUAGGACCAAUUAUCACUACAAUUCGUCAAUUAGCACCAUCGUCGGAAUGGAUCUCAACUACGAAGACAUCGUUGGCAAUUUACUAGAGGAUUUCGGCCUCGUCGAGGAGGCAGAGCCCCUCCUGGAGCUUCUCGAUUGGGAAGGCAGCGGAGCCGGAGAGGACGGAGGACAUAGGAGUGGCGGCGAUGGCGGUCUGGAAAUGGCCGGAGAAGCCAUGGAUGCUGCUAUCUGGAUAUGGUUGGAGAAGCCAUGGAGGAUUUCGGUCUCCUCGAGGAGGCAGAGCCCCUCCUGGAGCUUCUCAAUUCGGGAGGCGACAAGUCGGAUGAGAGAGCGGAGGUGAUAGGAGUGGCGGUGAUGGCGGUGUGGAAAUGACUGGAGAAGCCAUGGUUGCUGCGAUCUGAGGAUGGCUGGAAGCCAUGGCAGCUGAAAAGAGAGAGAGAGGAACGGAGGCGUACCGUGUGAGAGACUAGUGAUUUAGAUUAGGGUUUCCCUUAGUUCAGUUUAAUUUUGCUUAAUUGUUUCCUUUUUUAGAAUGGUGUCUUUAUUAUUGGGACAACCCAAUAAGGAAAGUGUGUCUUUAUUAUUGGGACGGAGGGAGUAUUAUAUAUAUAAUAAAUAGGGCUUAUAUUAUAUGUAAAUUCUUCAAAAUAUAUUUUAUUGGAUACAAAUAUUUAUUUAA